UAAACAAGUAACCCAGUCAGAAGUGCCGACGAACUGCUGUAACGAGCAAUGAAAGGUUAUUCUUUAGUGACUGGGUGGAGCGCCAACAUGCAGAGUUUGGUGGUGCAGGCACUUACCAUGAGGCAGCUUGGCCGGUUGAACCCCCGCCAUCUGCUGGCUGCUGGAUAUGGACUGAGGCAGACUGAAUGGUGUCCCAGGACCAUCCACACGCGCCAGCUGUGGGGAUGCUCUGCUCUGCCCGGGCUCGGCUGUCACCGACCCGCUUUACUAUGCAGAGACGCCGCCAGGGGCUGGUCAGUCCACCAUCCAAGGUUUAAAAGCAACAAGAAGAAUGGCGCCGCGAGGACAGCGCAGGAGGACGAAGAGGAUGAGGACGAUGAGGAUAAAAAAGACCCUGAGGAGAGCGAUUAUGAAGACGAAGUGGGUGAGAACCCAAAUCUACCAAAGGACUAUAAAGACAUGGAGAAAUAUGUGCCGUCCUUUCGGUACGAUGUCAUCAUGAAAGCUGGCCUGGACAUGUCACGCAAUAAAAUUGAGGACGCCUUCUACAAAAACAAGCUCAGGCUAAACGGACAGAAACUCAUCAAGAAAAGUAAAACGGUGAAAGUCGGGGCCACCUUGGACCUGGUGCUGUCGGAGAACCGGGAGACAAACACGGUCACUCUGAUGAGGGUCAUCCUCCAGAAGGUUUUGGGCGAAUCCAACGACGCAGAAAAGUACAAGGUCGCCAUAAGGCGCUGGAAAAGUGUAGAGCUUUCCACAGAUGAGGCCAUUAAGCCAUGAACUUGAAACAGGACGGUGUCGACUGGGACGCCAUUUGCCAGUGAAGGUGACCUCGGCCAGGAGAAAUGAAUGCGACCAAAUGAGUGACGUCGGAAUGGUCUACAAAAAGUGUGCUCUCUAAUGGAUUGUAAAGGUUAACAGUUCUCAGUGGUUGUAGACAUUAAACAGCUGGUUGGGAGAAAGAUUGAAUGUUUACCUUUCCCCACUAUACUGUGUGACUCCUCCAAUAAAGGUGCACUUUGACAUUU